UGUAACGUUGUCCAUUACACCUCUGCUAACUGGUCCAACAUUGACUUUGUGCCAACGGAUUUUCAGUUCCAUUCUCCUUACUAAAAAUCCCAACUGAUUCCCUGCAGUUUUUUAUAAGAAGCCAGAUUUUGGAUACUCCACUUACGCUGGCUAUUGUUGCUGUUCUAUAACCUACUCUGCUUACCGGCAUUCUGAUUAGCAUAUAAUGCCAGACUACCAAUUUUAAAAGAACCACGCAUUAAAAAUAAAAUGAGACACUAAUGGCCGGUGAAAUGAAUUCAGCGGGCUGACAUAACAGAGGGGGGAAUUCCGGAGUCCCAAAGCUUCUCAGGUGACGGCUGCCGCCCUGCAAAACCAGACUGGAAAUUCUGUGGAUAUUUGGAUUCUUUGCUUUGGAUGUGGAAGCUGUUAGGAUGAUUUGGAUUCACCUCUGUAUCCAGUUAGCAUGAGCUAUACACAUUUUCAUUCACACAGGACCAAGAUACCUAAACUGCUGUGGAACCUUUGAGUAGCGGCCACAGCGGAUACAACUACAAUACACUGAGCUCAGUCAAGUGUUUUGGUACAUUUUGUGUAUUGCAUUCACUUCCGCCAACUCAAGCCACCUUUAAGAUUAUCAGGAUAAUAUACGUAGCAACCCUAUAAAACUGUAGUUUUCUGCUGGUCCUGAUAAAACUAUGUUGGCUGUUUGUGAAUGAAAUAAGGACCGAAAGCAUUAUUUGGUGGAUUCUGUUUUCUAUGUUGUGGUGGUGGCCUUAUUCAGCAGGCUGGGAGUGGCAUCAGGAUGCCUGAACUGGACAACUUUGCCCCCCUGAGGGGUCAGAGAGGUCCCGAGCUGAGCUUAAAUGGUCCAGCAGAUCCACUUCGGAUUCAGCACAGCAUCCUGGAAGAGCAGGUAGAGCUGUGGUGGUUCAGAGAUCCUGGGAAGUCUCUGCUCUGCUACUGCGUGGCUGUACUUCUAAUCGUGGGCUGCGGGCUGGGUGGCGUCGGCCUUCUCUCCACCACCACCAGCGUCUCGAGCGAAUGGCGGCUGGGCGCAGGCACGGCCCUCUGCCUGCUGGCCCUGGGGGUCCUGCUCAAACAACUGCUCAGCUCGGCUGUGCAGGACAUGAAUUGCGUUCGAAGCCGACAGCGCAUCAACAUGCUAAAAAGUGGUGGUUUGUCGGACGUCCUUGUGGUUUUGAUUACAGGGCUGUCAUUGUUGAUUUGUGGAGGGGUUCUACUAUACCUGGCCCUGGCUAACCACAUGCCGAAGCCUGGCCAAGCCCUUAAUGACAUGUACAUCUCUGGAGUGGUAUUGCUAGCUGGAGGGGGGGCUGCAGUGGUGGGCGUUGGGAUAUACUCCUUUUCGGUCGUCCUGCUUGAGAGGACAAGGCACGGACGACGGUUGCUGGGGGGGGGGGUCUCUGCCUCAAAGGUGCAAGCUGAUUUCAAGCACGAGGACAAGGUUACAGGCCCCAUGAGAGCGCGUUAA